GUCAACGGUCAGUAGAAUGCAGGGACCAGGCCCGUUCAGGACCAACCACGUCAUAGCAUGGGAUCCGCAUCCUCAUGCGCGGCGCGCGACGGGCAGGAGCUCUGGAGGGUCCUCGAGAUCGUCUCAGCCAGUCAACCAGCGACCCCGGCGGCACGAACCAGGGGAGCUGCGACAACAACUGGGGAACUGGAGAACCGGACAACUGGAGCUCUGGUCGACACGAGAAUUUUUGUUGACUUGGCCCUGGCUGGACACACAGUACAGUACCAUCAUCCGACGACCCGACUGACCGACUGGCUUGACUCUUCUUUGCGGUUCCUGACGGUUCUUGUCCUUGACUCGGCCCCUCCCAGCCUGCUCCGUUAACAGGACGCGUCGCCGACAGAGAGGACAAUGUAGGAGUGGUCGCUGUCUUUGUCACCGUAUAUCCUGUCCCCGGUGGCGGCACUGCUGCUCCUGUGUUAUUACUGCUUUUGCUCCUUCUGACCACAACCAACCCGCCCUCACCCACGCCGACACGGCAGCCGGCAGCCAUGGACUACUACGACCCCGACAAGGGGAAGAAGGGCAGCUGUGACGGCAGCGGCGACGAGUUUGUCCAGCCUGGCGAGAAGGACACCUACGUCCAGCUCAUCAUCUCCUUGGCCCUCGGCUUGAGUGCCUUCAUUGCCUUUUGCAUCCUGCGUCCACGAUGGAAGUCAUUAUACGCCGCCAGACGCCGCCAGCUCGGCCCGCAGAUAGGCCUGCCUGUUCUGCCAGACAGCUUCUUUGGCUGGAUGCCCGCCCUCUACAAGAUCACCGAGGACCAAGUCCUGGCCUCGGCUGGCCUUGACGCCUUUGUUCUCCUCGCCUUCUUCAAGCUGUCGAUCAAACUCUUUGCCAUCCUCUUCUUCUUCGCCGCCGUCGUCCUCGAGCCCAUAAACCGGCGGUACAACGCCGACGAGGCUGCGCCCCCGCCCCCCGACGAUGAUAGCGACAACAGUUGGAACUACGACAUGGGCUACCUCUGGGCCUACCUCGUCUUUACCUACUUCUUCACCCUCCUGACCAUACACCUCCUGGACAAGGAGACCUUCAAGGUUAUCAAGAUACGACAGGACUACCUGGGCACCCAGAGCACCAUCACCGACAGGACCUUCAAGCUCUCCGGCAUGCCCCGCGAGCUCCGUGAUGAGGCCAAGCUUAAGGAGCUGGUUGAGAGGCUCGAGAUCGGCAACGUCGAGAGCGUCACCCUGUGCCGCAAUUGGAAGGAGUUGGACGACCUGGUCGCCGCAAGAGCUAGGACCCUGCGCAAGCUGGAGGAGGCCUGGAGCGUCUACCUGGGCCAGAAGUCUACAAACUGUCUUGAUGACAGACACAGGCUCGUCAGCAACGCCGUCGGCCCUCACGACGACUCGGCUGUCGUUGACGAGGAGGCCCAGGAUGGAGAGCGCACCGGCCUCUUGGCUGGUGGACAGAACGAUUCUUCCCAUCACCACUGGGUCGACCGACCUCGCCCGCAGACGCUCGUCUGGUAUGGGCCGUUUAACCUUCGGUACAAGAAGGUCGACGCCAUCGACUACUACGAGGAGAAGCUGCGUCGGCUCGACGAGCAGAUCCGUGUGGCCCGUAAGAAGGAGUACGAACCGGUCGAUCAGGCAUUUGUGACGAUGGACUCUAUUGCAGCCUGUCAGAUGGCCACCCAGGCACUGAUCGACCCUCGCCCGGGCCAGCUCUUGACCAAGUACGCGCCGGCCCCCUCGGACGUCGUCUGGCGCAACACCUAUGCUUCUAGGAAGAGCAGGGUCAUCAAGGGGUGGAUCAUCACCAUCUUCAUCAGUAUCCUCUCGGUCCUGUGGCUUCUUCCCGUCGCUACCAUUGCCAGUUUGAUGUCACUCUGUACCAUCAAGAAGGUCUUCCCCGGUGUCGCCGAAUUCCUCAGCGAUCAUGAGAUUAUCAAGGCUCUAGUUCAGACCGGCUUGCCAACGGCCGUUGUUUCCCUGCUCAACGUCGCCAUUCCAUUCCUCUACGACUAUCUGUCCAACAGCCAGGGCAUGCUCUCCCAGGGCGAGGUCGAGCUGUCCAUCGUGUCCAAGAACUUCUUCUUCACCUUCUUCAACAUUUUCCUCGUCUUCACCGUCUUCGGCACCGCGACUCAGAUCUGGACCGUCCUGCGCAGUUCCUUCAAGGACACCACAUACAUAGCCCGGCAGCUCGCCCGGCAGAUCCAGAACCUCAACGUCUUCUACCUCAACUUCAUCAUGCUCCAGGGCCUGGGGCUGUUCCCCUUCCGCCUGCUCGAGUUCGGCGCCGUCUCCCUCUACCCGAUCAACCGCCUCGGCGCAAAGACACCCCGCGACUACGCGACCCUCACCGUGCCCCCCGUCUUCAGCUACGGGUUCUACCUGCCCACCUCGCUGCUCAUCUUCAUCCUGUGCCUGGUCUACUCGGUCCUGCCGCGCGGCUACAUCAUCCUCGCCGUGGGCGUCGCCUACUUCACCCUGGGCUACUUCACCUACAAGUACCAGCUCCUCUACGCCAUGGACCAGCCGCAGCACGCUACCGGCGGCGCGUGGCGCAUCAUCUCGUACCGCGUCGUCCUCGGCCUCAUCGUCUUCCAGAUCACCAUGGCCGGCUACCUCUCCCUCCAGCUCGCCUGGCUGGCGUCCUCGCUCGUCAUCCCCUUGCUCAUGGGCACCGUGUGGUACUCGUACUACUGGAGGCGCCAGUUCGAGCCCCUCACAAACUACAUCGCCCUGCGCUCCAUCCGCCAGCGCCACCCGGGCCGCAGCAACGGCGGCAGCGGCACGACCUCCCCCGACGGCGAGGACGACGACGACGACAACGAGGCGUUCGGCGGCCCCGGCCGCCGCCCCAACCCCGCCUCCAGCCAGAGCCUCCUCCGCCGCCGCAAGAGCACCGUCGACGAGGACAAGGAGAAGGGGCUCCGGUUCGUCAACCCCAGCCUCGUCGUGCACCUCGAGCAGCCGUGGAUCUACAGGGACCCGCCGCCGCUGCUGGCGAGGGACUCGAGCGCCGGGUCGGAGCGGGGGGACGACGGGUCGUUCUUCAGGUACGAGCAGGGGAGGGAGAGUAUCGUCGGCGUUGGGGGCGGCGCGCCGAGGACCGCCGAGCCGGAACAGGCUGAUACCUCUGGGCCCCCUGCUGCGCCGGAGGGCCACGGCAGCGGGGGUGGGAAUGGUGGUAGCAACGGGGGUAGCAACUCCAGUUCCCUGAGCCUGGGUGACACGCAUAUCUGGAGGUCAUGACGAUGAUGAAGGUGAUGAUGAUGAAGAAGAGGUGAGGGGUGGGAGUUGAGCGGGUGAGCGAGCGGGUGCUUGAAUGAAAUGAGAUUCCUUUUUACCCCCCAUUUUCAUUGUUUGAUAGCAUUUUAAGGAAGCAAGCAAAGCAAGCAAGCAAGUAAUACCCCAUACCCCAUACCCCCCUUGAGCAUGAGAUAGCAAAUCCGAACUGUGCGUUGAGAUAGAUCAAGGACGUUUUGCACCUGUGA